AUGUCAUCUACUGGUUGGUAUUCAUUGUUACAGACACAUUCCAAAGAACAGUCGGAUGUAAUUUGUGCCUCAUUUGAGUGGGGUAGCUGGUGGCAGUCACUGCACGAAGUUUUUAUCGAAAUCCCGUUCCGAGAAGCCGUUGAUGUGAAACAAAUUAUAUGUAAAAUUAACAAUAGUACAAUCACUUGUGGUCUUGUAAAUCAAGAACCGUUGUUGUCGGGUAACUUAUUUGGUCUCAUAAAAGCAAGUGAAUCCACAUGGAGCCUUCAAGAAAAAAAGCAUAUGGUUAUAUGUCUAAUCAAAGCAAGUUCAGGUACCUGUUGGCAUUCUUUAUUGACUGAUAACUGGAAGGCGGAUCCAUUAGUUUUUGAUCAGAUGGAACGAAAACUUACUCUUCAGAGACUUCAGAAUGUGGAUAAAAUCUUGCUUAACAGGACUUUUGUUCGUAGUUCCGUGCUCGAAACGCUAAAGUGUCCUGAAACCAGUACAGAUGCUUCCCCCAAUCUUAAUGACCUCAAUCUUUCUGGCCAAGAGGUACGGAAUUUUUAUGAAUCACUUACACAAUGUGUAACUGAAAAACAAAAAAAUUCGUCACUUGAUCCACAUUUUUAUCACUGUUCCGUAUGUGGUGGCUCUUUUAAUGAUUUUAAACAGCAUGUUUCAUCGAUUGGUCAUCAAGUAGCUGAAAUAUCAAAAAAAGGUUCAAAACCAUCACCAUUGCUAAUUCCCCCCUCAAACAAAGGUUAUCAACUCCUAACUAGGAUAGGUUGGCGUGAUGCUGCCCUCGAUCCAGAAUAUGAAGAACUGAAGACUUCGGAAAUUCUGCUUACUGGUUCAACUAACGAGUCUAAAGCACAUUCCUGCAACAAAGACGGUGGUUUAGGUGCUUCUAGACAAGGUCGACGCUUCCCUGUGGCAACUGUUUUAAAACGUGAUCGUCUUGGUUUUGGAUGGCCAAAUAGAACAAAUACUUCAAGAAUUACACAUUUCAACCCAGGUGAUUUCAGAGCAGUUGAACACCCUAAAGACGUAAAACGAUUUUGUCACUCAUCCAUUAAAAUGGAUUCAAAAUAUUUGAUAAGAAAAAUGAAUUCAGAGAAGAAAAAGGAACGUAUUAUAAGACAAGGAUUUAAUUUGACUGAUGAACAGUUAGCUUUGCUUUAUGAAAAAUAA